GACUUCAAUUUUCCCUUUUUGCAGGUCAGCUUAUGGUUUUCCAGGAACAAUCAACUCCUGCAGCGAAUAACCAUGCCCCACAAGAUAGACCAAGGUGAUGAUGAAGAUAGACCAAGUUGAAAAGGAACUUGCUACCAGAAGAUACUUGAUUGUUCUGGAUGAUCUCUGGGAAGAAGAUGGAAAUAAUCUUGAAAGGUUGAAGGAGAUGUUACAACAUGGCCGCAAGGGUAGCAGUAUUAUAGUAACUACCCGAAGCCGAAGUGUAGUGCAACAAUUGCGCACUGGUUUUCUUGCAAAUCAGAGGAAAAUUUGCACGGUUCCUGAGUCCGACAUAAUCGAUUUGGGUGUUUUAGAACCUGGUGAUUGUUGGGAAUUAAUCAAGCAAAGGGCAUUUGGAUCUGAUGAUGACCACAGUGGCUUAGAAGAAAUUGGAAAGCAAAUUGCAGGCAAGUGUGGGGGUUUACCGCUCAUGGCAAAUGCUCUUGGGCAGGUAAUGUCGGAGCUAAGGACCGUGGGUGCAUGGGAAGAUAUAAGAGACACCAAGGUUGAUUUGGGUUUGAGAGAAGGACAUCAGGAAGAAGCAUUAGAGAGGCUAAUGGUGAGCUAUUACUACAUGAAGAUAGAGUUCAAAAUGUGUUUCACGUACUUGGCAGCCUUCCCCAAGGGCUUUGUCAUGCACAUCAAUCAUAUAAUCCAGCAAUGGAAUGCACUUGGGUACAUCAGUUCAAGGCACGAUGGUCAAAGGUGCAUCAACUAUCUUUUGGGCAUGUCCUUUCUUCGGAUUCCAAAAUCUGCUUUGGUUAGUCCAAGUCCAUUGCAUUUCAGAGUUCCUCCAAAACUGGUCAUGCAUGAUUUGGUGCAUGAUCUCGCAUCAAUUAUUGCUGCUGAUGAAUUGGUUGACCUGGAUGCUAGCAAAAGCACCAGCUGGAACAGAGCUCAUUACGGCCGACAUGCACAGUUAACCAACUUCAAGAAUGAUCCUGAGAUUUUCAAAUAUAUUCCAGGCAAGCUUAGAUCCCUCCACUAUCGGGAUUUAGGGGGGCUGCAACUCCCGAAAAAGGCAUUUUCUCGAUCCAAGUUCAUACGUGUCUUGGACCUAAGUGGACAUUCAGCUAAAGGUCAACCUCCUCCAAGUAGUGUGGUGCUGCCAUCUUCCAUUAAUCAAUUGAAGCUAAUUAGGUAUAUUGAUGCCGCGGGUUUGCCAAUAAAAUCACUUCCUAAGAAUUUUCAUGUACUUCAAAACAUGGAAACUCUUAUUCUCUCCAAUUCCAUGCUUGAAACCUUUCCAGACAGUAUUUGUCGCCUCAGCAAACUUUGCUAUUUGGACAUAUCUAGCAGUAGCAGCCUCAGUAAGAUGCCUGCAUCACUAGGGGGUCUCACUCAACUAUUUUUCCUCAAUCUAUCUGGGUGCUCUAUACUCCAAGAGUUGCCUGAAUCAAUCUGUAAGCUUAAAUGCUUACACCAUCUAGACGUGUCAAAUUGUUGUGCUCUUCAGCAGCUCCCCGAUGAAUUCGGCAACCUGUCUAAGCUCUCGCUCUUAAACAUGUCAAGUUGUUCCAAGCUAACCAAACUACCUGGCAAUGUUAGCUUUCCGUGCUUAGAGCAUCUGAACCUAUCAAGUUGUCAUGAACUUGAAAACCUACAAAUUGAUUUUUGCCAUCUUCAGAAACUUGAGUUCGUGGACCUCUCUGGUUGCUACAAGGUUUCAAUGCUGCCAGGAUCAUUUUGCCAACUUAAUCAUUUGAAAUAUCUAGACCUUUCAGACUGUCAUAACCUCGAAGAACUCCCUGAAUGUUUUGAUCACCUCUUCGAGCUUGAAUAUUUAAACCUAACAAGUUGUGCUAAGCUCCGACAAUUGCCUGAGUCGCUAUGCAAGUUGUUUAAGCUUAGGUAUCUUCAUUUGUCAUACUGUCUGAGGCUCAGCGAGCUCCCCUCCUCAUUUGGUGACCUUAAGCUUCAAAUAUUGCACGUGAAUGGCCUUCUAGAUAUGGAUGACUGCCCUGAUAGCAUUGGUGACAUGACUAGUCUCACCCAGUUUGUGGUCGACAGUGGACCUUCUAAUUUGCUUGAAAAGGUUAAAGCCAUUAAAAAGCGUCUAAAUCUCGUGGGCAUGGUACAUCAUAAUGUACAUGAGAUAGAGAGUAGAGGAUGUAGCAGUAUAGUGGAUCUUGUGGGAUUGACUUGUUCAGAGCUGAUACUUGCAGGCCUUGAGAAAGUCUGGGAUCCGGAAGAUGCAGACAGGGUCAAACUGCGUGAUAAAUCAGAUGUCCGAGUACUAAAACUUGGCUGGAUCCCUGAGUGGAUGUCUCAUAUAUCAAGUGGUAAAUCUGUGCUGGAAAGGCUCGUACCUCCUCGGACUCUUGAAAACUUUUGGUUGGUUGGGUAUAGGGGCAAGGAUUUCCCAGACUGGAUGUUUCACAUCUCGUCCUACCUCCCUUUUCUCAGCGAACUGACCCUUGAUGGUUUGGAAGCAUGUGAUUGUCUUCCUAUGUUUGGCGCACUCCCAAAUUUAAGAAGUUUGUGUCUGAGGAACUGUCCCAACAUUAGGAAAACUGGUAAGGAAUUCUAUGGAGAGGGCGGACCUUGUAUGCAACUAAGAGUUCUGGACUUGGCGUCGAUGGAGAAUUUGGUGGAAUGGUUGACAACAGAGUCAAGUGAAGAAAACAAAGAGUUUCUAAUCCCUAAUUUGCAUCUUUUGGUUGUAAAGGACUGCCCAAAUUUGAAGUUCCUACCAUAUCCCCCAAGAAGUAUGAAUUGGUUUUUGAGCAACAGUGAGACAGCUUUGCCAGAACAAGGAUUUGGGAAGCUCUCGUCUUCCGUUCAUCCUUCUAGGCUGGCUCUAGAAGAACUUUUCAUUGCAGAUUGCCGCAAUCUGACAUCUUUGCCUGAAAGUAUGAAGAACCUCACAGGUCUUACAAAAUUGGCGUUGGUGGAGUGCAAAGGCCUAGAGAUAUUACCGGAAUGGUUGGGACAGUUGACUUGCCUAGAAGAACUUUCCAUGGGAGGUUGCCCCAACCUGACAUGUUUGCCUGAAAGCAUACGGAGUCUCUCUGCUUUGAAAGUUCUCAUAAUUGUUAGAUGUCCAAUAUUGAUUGAGAGGUGCCAAGGGGAGGGUGCCCACAAGAUUGGUCACAUCCCCAAAGUCGUACUGCGCUGAGCUGUUGUACUUGCUCCCCGUGGCUAUAUACUUGCUCUACUCAUUCGGUGCUGGAGUUGGUUUCAGCUGCUGCAGAGGAGGUAAACAGCCUGCUGGAGCCCCCAGUUGGUCCAUUACUGAGAAUGAAACUUGACAGGUUUUACAUCCUUGGUUCGUUAUUACAGCUCCUGUUUGUUUGUUUCUGAAACUUUUCCAAGGAAAGCCAAAAGAGGAAAAACUGCAUGUAAAUGCAGCAACGGACAGGGGAAAAAAGAGUGAGGAGUAUAUCUCAUUACAGCUCAGGCAUUCAAAGACCAUGUAUAUCAGCAUCAUCGCAGACCUCUGUUGUACGUAUAUAUUCAUCUGCUUUUGUAAGUCAUUUAUAAGGGGUUCUAAUUGCUUCAUUCAGAACCCCGUGUGUGCUCAUGCCGCUGCUAUGCCAUGAGAUGUUUCUGCGUGCUGCGGGGAUAUUGCCUGCCAGCUAUAUAUGGACUGUCUGUUUUUUGUAAGGUAUAUG